AUGGGUGCGAAAAACAAACGCGCUGGGGAUUACUCGAUACUUGAAAGGACGAAGCAAAUCUUCGAGGGUGCUUCGAUGGUGGCGAACCAUCAGAGGCUUGCCGUUUCUCCCCGUGAGCAUUUGGCAUGGGUUCGAGCCUUGAGGGAUCCACCCGUAGGAAGAGAUCAUCCAGCCUACCAGCCAUGUAUGAAUUUCUUAACUUAUUUCGAAGACACCUGGCUGAAAGGGCCGUUUUCUACCAUGUGGUGUAAGCAUAUGGUGCGGGUUCAGCGCACCACGAAUCUUGCCGAAAAUUAUCACGGGCGACUUCGCAGGUUAUGUGGAGGAAGAAAAUAUCCCAGAUACGCUGAACUCGUACGUGUAUUUCAGGCAUUCACCAUGAUCGCAUUGGUCGGCUUAAGGACGUUAGAUGUUACGGCUGAGGGAUAG